CCCCACCCCCGUUGCAUGAGUCCCCCCCUGAGCCCGGGUCCUCUGGGGCCGGUUAAACCCUCUCCUCGGGGUGUGAAGGCGCUCGAUUCCUUCCCUGCCUUUCAGCACUGGCCUUGGGGUGCCUCCGGCGGCUGCACACGGUGUACCAGUCAGCGGAGCUGCCGGAGACCCACCAGAUGCUGCGUCAGACCUGCCGAGACUUCGCAGAGAAGGAGCUGAUGCCUCUGGCAGCAAAGCUGGACAAGGAGCACCGGUUCCCGGCCGAGCAGGUGAAGAAGAUGGGUGGCUUAGGGCUUCUGGCUAUGGAUGUGCCGGAGGAGUACAAAGGAGCAGGCCUCGACUACCUGGCCUAUUCCAUUGCCGUGGAGGAGAUCAGCAGGGGCUGCGCCUCCACGGGUGUCAUUGUCAGUGUGAAUAAUUCUCUGUAUUUAGGGCCAAUACUCAAGUUUGGCUCCGAAGAACAGAAGCACAAGUGGAUUGCUCCCUUCACCAGCGGGGAUAAAAUUGGAUGUUUUGCCCUUAGUGAACCAGGAAACGGCAGUGAUGCGGGUGCAGCGUCCACGAUGGCACGCCUGGAUGGUGACGAGUGGGUUCUGAAUGGCACCAAGGCCUGGAUCACCAACGCCUGGGACGCCUCAGCCACCGUGGUGUUUGCUACUACGGAUAAAUCCAAGAAACACAAGGGCAUUAGCGCGUUCCUGGUUCCCAUGCCAACUGCUGGGCUGUCGCUGGGCAAGAAAGAAGACAAGCUGGGAAUCCGAGCCUCUUCCACUGCCAACCUGAUAUUUGAGGACUGCCGGAUACCCAAGGCCAACCUACUGGGGGAACUGGGAAUGGGCUUCAAAAUCGCCAUGCAAACGCUGGAUGCAGGAAGGAUUGGUAUUGCCUCACAGGCUCUGGGAAUUGCACAGGCAGCUCUGGACUGUGCUGUGGAUUAUGCUGAAAAGAGAAUGGCCUUUGGGUCGCCCAUCACAAAGCUACAGGCGGUGCAGUUCAAGCUGGCCGACAUGGCUGUGGCGCUGGAGGGUGCGCGCCUGCUCACCUGGAGAGCUGCUAUGCUGAAAGACAACGGGAAGCCCUUCACAAAGGAAGCGGCGAUGGCCAAGCUGGCUGCAUCAGAAGCUGCAACAGCCAUCGCUCAUCAGGCCAUCCAGAUCUUGGGCGGGAUGGGCUACGUGACAGAGAUGCCGGCAGAACGCCAUUACCGCGACGCUCGUAUCACUGAGAUCUACGAGGGGACCAGCGAGAUCCAAAGACUGGUGAUAGCGGGUCAGCUGCUGAAGGCCUACCGGAGCUGAAGCAGCCAACUUGAGCAAGACACUGCCCAAAGUGCCUCGUAAUGGUGCAGAACAGUGAUUGAGCCUUGGCCCUCUUGAACAAGGCUAACGAUGGAAGUUUUCAUCACCACUGAGUAACUGACCCUCUUGUUAAAAAUGUGCCGAUUCUUCUUUGGACAAAGCGUGGUGCGUGGAAGGCCGUAUCUAGGUUUGUAAGUGAUGGCUGUGAGGGGAGGAGGGAGGAGGCAGCCUGUCCUUGUAGGGGAGCACAGCGUUGUUUUGGUUCAGCAGUGGCACAAUGACUUUGCUGUUCAGUGAAGUCAGCAGCUCUCCCUGUGCGCUUCCCCACCACUGCCUGUGUUGCAAGGAUUUGUCACUACAUGAUCCUCCAUAACCAGUGCCAACGUUAGAGGCUCUGAGAGACGUGACCCCGGUGCCCUGCUCCAGGCUGUAGGUUGUGCUGCCUCUUCUGAUCAGGCUUUGAUGACUCUCAGGUGUGGGACACAGCUGUGUGGGAGCUCCUAAUUGGAUACAGGCUGUGCUGAGGUAAUCCUCGUUGCAGUGCACUUUUCCCCACUUCCAGCAGGAAAGGAGCCAGACGGGAGGACCAGCCUGGGGUUGCUGUCCAUGUAGAUGUCAAAACAUAGGUCAGAAAACCUCCCUUGACCUUGCCCAGUGCCCUGCUCGGCCACUUACAGAUGUAGGUGUAAAAGCAAAGGACAGAAAAGCUGCAAUGCCUGAGAUGUGGGGUUCUUUUUUUAAAAAAAAACAAACCACCACACCAAAAAACCUUCUGUUCCUGAAGCUGCUGUUACUAAACCAACAGCUACCCAACUGGAGAGAAAGUGCAGGAAGUGACAGUAACAGCCUUUAAUCUCUACGUGUUUUGGGCAACAACAAGGCAAUGAACAGAUGACAUAGAAAACCUUGCCAGGAAGCUUUAGCAGUAGCUCAUAUCCUCAAUCAGUUAUCUUUGGCAAGAAAUUAACGUUUAGAAGAUUCAACAGCCAAAAGAAAAGCUCUAAACUCAGGAAAAGCUGGAGAGGAUUAAGACUACAGCCUGUGUGGCCCCUGUGUCCAAACCACGAGUACACUAGAAAUAAAUGGUUAUUUUCCUGUGGUGCCAUUUAUUUAAUUUGUGUGGAGAGAAAACCAGGAGGAUUUGUCAGAGAAGACAAAUAAAACCUGAUUUUAAAGGAC